CAUCACUCAUCACCAACCCUAACUUUGUCUCACCCUCACACACCCCACAGUCUCUCUCUCUCUCUGCAAACUGCGAAAAUGCGUGAGAUCUUGCACAUCCAGGGUGGCCAGUGCGGCAACCAAAUCGGUGCGAAAUUCUGGGAGGUAGUGUGCGCCGAGCACGGCAUCGACACCACCGGCCGCUACAGCGGCGACAACGAGCUCCAAUUGGAGCGCGUCAAUGUCUACUACAAUGAAGCCAGCUGCGGGAGGUUUGUUCCGCGCGCCGUGCUCAUGGAUUUGGAGCCCGGAACCAUGGACAGCGUUAGAUCUGGGACGUACGGCCAGAUUUUCAGGCCUGAUAACUUCGUUUUCGGCCAAUCCGGCGCCGGAAACAACUGGGCGAAGGGGCACUAUACCGAAGGGGCGGAGUUAAUCGAUUCGGUGCUUGACGUUGUGCGGAAGGAGGCUGAGAAUUGCGAUUGCUUACAGGGAUUUCAGGUGUGCCACUCAUUGGGAGGUGGAACAGGUUCAGGAAUGGGAACUCUUCUGAUUUCUAAAAUCAGGGAAGAGUAUCCAGACCGAAUGAUGCUCACUUUCUCCGUCUUCCCAUCGCCUAAAGUGUCGGACACUGUCGUUGAGCCUUACAAUGCCACUCUGUCUGUUCACCAGCUUGUUGAAAAUGCUGAUGAAUGCAUGGUGUUGGAUAAUGAAGCUUUGUAUGACAUUUGUUUCAGAACCCUCAAACUUACCACCCCCAGCUUUGGUGAUCUCAACCAUCUGAUUUCUGCAACCAUGAGCGGUGUGACUUGCUGCCUGCGUUUCCCUGGGCAGCUCAACUCAGAUCUCCGCAAACUUGCUGUCAACUUAAUUCCUUUCCCCAGACUGCAUUUUUUCAUGGUUGGCUUUGCUCCGCUCACUUCUCGUGGGUCACAGCAGUACAGAGCCCUCACCGUCCCCGAACUCACCCAGCAAAUGUGGGAUUCGAAGAACAUGAUGUGUGCUGCUGAUCCUCGCCAUGGUCGUUACCUAACAGCUUCAGCCAUGUUCCGUGGGAAGAUGAGCACAAAGGAGGUGGACGAGCAGAUGAUCAACGUCCAGAACAAGAACUCGUCUUACUUUGUUGAGUGGAUCCCCAAUAACGUCAAGUCGACUGUUUGUGACAUCCCCCCAACCGGUCUGAAGAUGGCGUCGACCUUCAUUGGUAACUCCACCUCCAUUCAGGAGAUGUUCCGGAGGGUGAGUGAGCAAUUCACGGCCAUGUUCAGGAGGAAGGCUUUCUUGCACUGGUACACAGGUGAGGGAAUGGACGAGAUGGAGUUCACGGAGGCGGAGAGCAACAUGAAUGAUCUAGUUUCUGAAUACCAGCAGUAUCAGGAUGCAACGGCUGAUGAGGACGAGGAGGGCUAUGAAUAUGAAGACGAAGAUGAGUAUCAGGAGGAGGCUUGAGUAUUUGUCUUGUUAUUGUGGUUGAGCUGUUUUUUGUUUGUGUUUUAAGGGAUUUAGCUGCUUUCUGGGAUUAGAUUGCUACUAUUAGUCUUGCUUUCUUGGCAUGUCUUAUGCAUAUGCUUUACCUAAAUUUUAUAUUGAAUAUGAAUGAAUUUCUUAGGCUGUA